AUGAGAAGAGAGUAUUUAGUUAGCCAUAUUCAAGAGAACGCUCACGAAGCUGAUAUUUAUUCAUUAUGUGUCAUUUCAGGACGAUUGUGGUCUUGUUCUGGGGAUUCAAAAAUUAAGCAAUGGAAUGUGGAUAGCGCAGAACAUGAACUUGUUGAAGAAAUAGAUACUCCUCACAAAAUUGGAAUCCAUAAUAUGGCUACCUCGUUGGAUGAACGGCUAGUCGUUUCGUGUGGUUUCGGACAAGACGUGUACCUGUGGGACCCAAGCACGAAUUCGUCUCGAUCACUAGGUGAUUCUGUAGAACAUCCAGGAGAAUGCUGGGCUGCUUGUAUAAGUCCAGACGCACAAACUAUUUCCUUUACUACUGUUGAUGGACAUGUUUGUGUAUGGGACACACAUAGCAAUAUCAAGGUGGCCGACUUGGACACCAAAGGAAAAUUCGGUUUGUGUACAGCGUACUCGCCAAAUGGGAGAUUCAUUGCGUCAGGACAUCAAACAGGACAAUUAUUCUUAAUUAGCACGGAAACAGGUCGAUUAUUCCAUACUCUGUCAGGACACACGCUCCCAUUGCGAAGUCUAGCAUUUUCACCUGGUUCCUCCUUGCUAGCUGCAGCAGGAGACUCCAAAAUGAUUACAGUAUACGAUGUUGUUUCAGGAGACCAAGUAGGCCAACUUCGUGGUCACAGUGCCUGGAUCUUUGCAUUGGCGUUUAAUCCUGUUGGAGACUUGCUUUUGUCAGCUGACAUAGAAGGCCGUGUUAAGGUUUGGGAUAUGGAUACAAUGGAAUGUAUUAGUACAAAAAAUGAAGUUGACGGCGGCAUCUGGGCGGUAGCUUGGUACAACAAUGGAUUUGCAGUUGCUGGUGCCGACAGGAGCAUUCUUUGGUACAGAGCCGCCGCUUCUGAAUAA